CAAGACACCUGACGCGCAUCCCCAGUCGUCUCAUCUCAAUCACACGCGCCGUUCUCUUUCUUUUAAGUUUGGGAGAUUUCCUCCUUUCUAUUUUCAAGUUAUCUUCAAAUCUAUUUGUAUCGGAUUCCUCUCCUUGGUUACUCCUCCCCAAUUUCCGUCUAAACAUGGCUUCCGAGUCAUCAGAGGACAAGGAAAUCGUCUUGACUGCCGGACCCAAUGUGGCCUUCCUGAAUCAUUCUCAAGAUACUCUGUUGAAGCAAUUGCCUCCUGACGUGGAUAAUAAGCCUUUGGUACGCCAGAAAAGGCGAAGGACGAGUCCUAGCGACCAAAAGGUCCUCGAAGAUGAGUACCAACGGAACCCAAAGCCUGAUCGAGCCACCCGUACCGCGUUGGCGCAAAAGGUAGCAUUAGGCCAGAAGGAACUUCAGAUUUGGUUUCAAAACCGUCGUCAGAGUGAUCGUCGCCGCUCUCGGCCAAUACCGGACGACGAAAAGUCGUCCAACAUUUCCCUCCACAGCGAGUCGGAUCGCUCGUCAGAUCUCCCACCCUCAUGUUCUUCGGAAAGCGAAGAUAUGGAGCAAGUAUCACCGACCAAUCUCCAGUCCAACACGGAAGUGGGAAUCGCGUCCGAACGCGUAACAGACGGUGGAGAAGAGAGAAGAGAAUUCUAUGAGCAAGAUACGGAGCAAAGUCUAGGCACUACGAACGUGGAACCAGGUCUGAAAGAAGAAUCCCAAGACUCAUUGGCACAUCCAUCAUUGCUUUCCUCGGUGUCUUUUGACAGUUUGGCGACCAUUCCGAGUUCCCAAGAACAGCCGUCUCAGGAAACUCAAAAACACAAGCCUGGAUAUAUUGCAAACCGUCGGGGUGCUUCCUUUCUUCAACAGGAACGGGCGUAUGACGUGUCCCAGCAAUCUUCUACAUUGGAGCCGGAAGCCUCAUCCAACGAGGCCAACGGCGAUGAGGAAUCUCAAAAGCAGCGCUCUAGAGUCCUCCAGCGCUCUACAAGUCUACGCCUUUCGACGACCGCCGACGGACAGGCUCGAAUCAUCGACGAAAACAACCCUUCCCCUUCCCCAUCCCCACCCCGAGUUACCCCACCCAAUCUUCCCUCGUCAACCAGCUUCACCGAUCCUCCAAUCCGUCCUCCCCAACUUCGCCGCAGCCUGAGCGCCGCCAGCCCCUCCAUCCCAUCUCCCUUCCCCACGGAUUCUACCACCCGAAAGCUCACCCGUACCGAGUCCGGACACGGCCGGUCCCGCGAUUCCCGUGCCUGGACAUUCUGGUGCGACGCCGAAGAACGCUCCUCGUUGCAAACCCAGGCACAGGCCGAGAGCAGCGGCUCGGCGGCGUCGGCGAUCGGUCUGAUCCGCGAACGGCGGAGGACGGCGGAAGUGCGUGAGAAACAGGCCGCGCAGAAAGCCGCGUCGCGGAAGCGUGGGUUGGCGGAAUCGGGGUCGCAGGGGCAGAACAAGCGGUCGAAGACCUCGUCGGAUGCUCGUCCGGGGUUACAGCGUUCCCAGUCUUCGGUUUCCAGGCUGCAGUCCUCGGGAACUCGGGUCCUUGGCCCCAAAGCUGGGGCCACAAACAUUACUCCAUCGGCAUCGCGCGCCAACGCGGGCAAAGACGGCAAGAAACUGGCGAAGCCAGGUGAGAUUCAGAUAUACGCUCUCGACGACUCCGACGGAGACAAGGAGAACUGGGUUCCUGGGACCCGCAUCGCCGCGCCGCGACAUCCGAACUCCCAGCCGCACGCCCCAAGCUUCGGCGCGCAUCCGCUGGGGGAGAAUCUGCGUGAAGUGAGUGAGGCGGUCGGGUUCGGAACGCCGGCAGCGAAGAAAGCGAGGAACGGCAGCUUCAGUGCGGGCUCGAGCGCGAGCGAAGAGGUCGAUCGACCGCUUAGUGUUGGGAGUGGGGAUGAUCUGGAUUGUGUGGAGGGGUUGUUGAAGUUGCGAGGUGGGACUUGGGUAUAGGCAGCAUGUCGGCUUGGACCAGAUUGGUCCCUUACUUUUCUUGCUUUUCGCCUGGUGGUACGAGUUGCGUCUAGAUCCUUUCGAUCGAUUUUGCCGGUGUUUUGUUACGAUGAGGUCAUGAGGUUUGUGUCGGGACAGCAUAUGAAGGGAUGAUGCGCAGCAUUGGUGUCAAGUACCAUUAUUUGGGGCUACUUAUGGUUUCUGGCGUUUCAUAGUCCAUGUCUGUGUAACUUCUCACUUUGGGACUCUGAUAGACGAUCACUGCAUGUCCAUUACAAAGAAAUUGCAAUGAGAGCUUUCCCUGUUGACGUAGAUGUAUCCUAGAAAAUACUCAAUCCACCCCCUGCAGGGGGCCUCCAGGAC